ACAAUCUGACCGCUGACCCUCGCGGGCCUCCGUACUCUGGAACAGUUCCGAUAUUUGAGCUGCGGGAGGGGGCGGGGCCCUGGGGUCAGCAGUCUGACAGGAAACACCCAAAUAAGGCCGGAGGAAGUGAUGACGCGCUGGAAGAUCUCCAUGUGACGUCGAGCCCAGAAAAACUGCUCUGGCUGUGACGUGUCUCCGGGGUUUCCGGCCAUGGCGGCUGGCUGAGCUCCCGGUGCGCCGGUUACUGGCUGCAGUCCGGCCCGCAGAGGACACCCGCCGAGCCCGACCCCGGUCCGGACCGUACCGGAUCCUUCACGCUCCAGAAACCGCAGCACAAAGAGCGCAGAGAGCACCGGAGCGUCCGAGCACCGGCCGGGCUGCACGCUCCCCGUCGGACCAAAUAUGGGCUUCCUCCCGGCCAUAUUUGGAAAUAUACGUCACGCAGGAGUCUUUAUAAAGCCGGGAAUCCUCAUUGAGGAUCUGACACAGCUCAAGUUCAAGUUGUCACCGUCCGCACGUGAAGCACCAACCGGAAACAAACAUUUCAGGUUGUUUACUUGAUGACUUCACUCACAAACAUCCGUAAACAACCCGCAACCUCUCGACCCGGGACCCUGCAGACCCUCCCGCAUUGGCUUCUUCCGAGCACCACCGCCCCCAGCCGCAGCCCGGACAGAGCGCCUCUCCGCCGGGUAAACCAGCAGCGGACACCGGCUCUUCUCAGCCUCCUUCCUCCAGAGAGAUGGCAGCGACCAAAGCGGAGCUGCUGCUGUCCGCUCUGCAGAUCUCAGACCCUCUGGCCGGCUUCCCGCCGCCUCUCUCCCCGAUGGACGGGUUCUCCAAGCUGGAGGAGCUUCAGAUGCUGCUGCAGAACGCCGCCGCCGGAGGCUCACUGCUGGCGGCGUCCGCAGCGGAGGGAACCGGGCUGCUGAGCGGGGAGAGCGGGGAGUACGGAGACUCUCUGUCAGACCUCGACCUGCAGACCCUCCCCCCUCUCACCCCCCGCCUCCCCCCUCUGGCGUACAGCGGACGCUUCACCUUCGAGCCGUCGACGUCGGUCUGCGGUGGCGGGGGCAGCCUGUGGGCGGAGCCACUCCUCAGCCUGUUCACAGGGUUGGUCAGCAUGGCGGCUCCUCCCCCUGCAGCCUCAUCAUCAGUGACAUCAUCAUCGCUGUCCCAGCCCAGCUUCAGCUCCAUCCAGGUGAGCUGCGGCUGCGGCGAUGUCGCCUCAGUGUUCUCUGCGGCGCCGACGUACACCACCGCCGCCACCGCCACCAACGACCUGCUCCUCCCCCCCGCUAACUCCUCCCAGGCCUUCCAGCCUCAGGGCCCGCCUCCAGCCUACCCCGCCUCCGCCUCCAGGCUGCAGCCGCCCUCCCUGGUGGUGCCGAUGCUCCCGGACUACCUGCUGUCGCCGCAGGACGGCGAGCUCGACCAGAAGCCUGUGAUGUCACAGAGCCUGAACCCACCGCCGCACCCCCCCCUCACGCCACUCUCCACCAUCAAAGCCUUCUCCUCGCAGAUCCAGACGCAGCCUCAAGACCCCGCCUACCAACCACAGCUCGCCAAGUCCAGCCGGAGCAGGAAGUCCCCCGCCGGACGGCAGUGCAAGACGCCGCCGCAUGAGCGCCCGUACGCCUGCCCCGCCGACGGCUGCGACCGCCGCUUCUCCCGCUCCGACGAGCUGACGCGCCACGUGCGCGUGCACACGGGCCAGAAGCCAUUCCAGUGUCGCAUCUGCAUGCGCAGUUUCAGCCGCAGCGACCACCUGACCACGCACAUCCGCACGCACACGGGAGAGAAGCCGUUCGCCUGCGCCGAGUGCGGACGCAAGUUCGCACGCAGCGACGAGCGCAAGCGGCACGCCAAGAUCCACCAGAGGCAGCGGGACCGCAAGACCGACAGGAGCUCCUCCUCCGCUCCCAUCGCCAUCAGCACGCCACCCUCCUACUCCACCCCCACCUCCUCCCCCUGCUCCUCCUACUCCUCCCCCGCUCAUGGCUCCUCCUCCCCCUCUCUCUUCUCCCCCCUCGGCAUGCAGGCCGCCUCCCCCUGCUUCACCUCCUCGCCGUCGCUGUCGAACGUCUACACGUCCUCCUCGCCAUCCCCCCACCUCUACUCCUCCUCCUGCUCCUCCCCCAUGGGGAGUCCUCAGGCGGAGAUGCCCUCCCCCCACAGCUCCGGCCUCUGCUGACGGACAGUUAGUCCCGUCGCGACCUUUGACCUCAGACUGAACCUUUAACAUGAACUCACAGAUCAGACCGUCCAGCAGCGACGAGGUCAAAGGUCAAACUGGUCGUAGUAAAGCGGGAACCCUGCUGAGGACUAAUGUGUACAUACAUGAUGUUUACAUGUUGUUGUUUACCUACUGCGUAGGCUCUGGGAUGUUUUCUACUGUUUCCUCUUUAAAGAGUUAAUAAAAUGUUAAAAAGA